UCUACUCGUGCACUACUUGCAAAUCAGCCGGGGGCGCGCUGAGCUAACAGCUAAUCAGCUAACAUCAACUGGACGGGGAGAAAGGAAGCCCGGACGAUUCACAAUACCAGUAAACCAGAGAAAUCUGCACCUGUGCAGAAAAGAAAUUCGUCUAAUCUGACCACGCACGGCAAAGGAACUCACUUCCCAGAUGAACAUCUUAAGUGUCCUCAAAAUGGAAACAGAAGCCGAGGUAAUCCCUAUAUGGCAAAAUAAACCACACGGAUCAACUCGUAGUGUGGUGAGACGAAUCGGCUCGACGCUGCCUCUUAAACCUUGUCCCAGGGCAUGUUUCCAGGAACUCCCAGGCCUUCCACCAAUGCGUUCUAUGGACGGUCCUUUGGUGCCUACAUUAGCAGAUAUUGCCUGGAUUGCAGAUGAUGAGGAGGAGACCUAUGCCAGAGUCAGGAGUGACACGCGUCCCCUGAGGCAUGAGUGGAGGCCAACUCCAAUGCUGGUUAUGCACAGGAACUCGUCUGUGCCAAACUUCAGGCGAGAAGGCAGGCGAGUCGAGGGUCUGAGGAAACCAGGAGUAACCGCUUUAAACCGCACUACAGCUUUACAAGAUGAGCUAAGUCGACUCCGAGCCCAAAUCGCCAAGAUUGUUGCUUCAGAAUCAGAUUCGAAUCCCAUAACCCCUGACCUGCUGUCCCCUGAUGACACUAGUGUGGGCUUCUCCAUGGCUCACUUUGAGGCAGCUGCUUACCAGCCAGCCCCUCCAGCCUCCUUUGUCAUCAGUGAUGUCACAGAGGAGGAGGAAGAAGAGGAAGAGGACGAAGAGGAGGAGGUGUCCGAGCUAGUGCCUGAUCCUGUGCCACCUGUUUCCAUGACUGCAUCUGUAACUUUUGAUCUCGAUCGCCCUACGAUGGACUUCCGAGAGCCAGAGGAGGACACUUUGUCUCUUUCAAAAUCCACAAGCUUCGCUGAUGUUAUGGACAUCCUGAAAGACAUGAACCGAAUGAAGAUGAGCAAGGAAAAAUAUAACCGUGGUUGCAUCUCACUAAGGGAAGAAAAUUCUGCGUCUCUUAUAUCUGAAGCAUUGAGGAAGAAAUUCAUUCUGAAGGAUGAUGACAUCAGUGUGAGGAAAUAAUCAAUCAUCCGAAACCCUGGCAGCAGACUCUCCAUGCCUGUGCCUGUGGACCAUUGCCAUGAAAACCCCAUAAAGCCUCAGAAUAAACUCAGUGGAGAUCUUCUGCGUUCCUCAGCUCUCCCACAAUGCUGCGCUGUUGUGACAUGAAUGGAAGAAAAAGAAGCAGUUCUCAUUAGUAAAUACACACUCCAACUUGCAGUGAGCAGCCAAGUUUGUAAUGUCUGUGUGUACUCAUAAGGGUCCAUAAGCAUAUCCUUAAUCAGUGAUCACUGAGCCUUCACUUGUUCCAUCAUAUAUUUUGUGAAAUCCAAGCACUACUUCCUGUUUCACCAUCAUCCUUUUGUUAAUUUCAGUAGGACAGUUUAUCAACAAAAAGUGCAUUUCACACCAUAUUAUUCAAGCCAUGAAACCACAGAAGAUUCCUGGAGGAGCCCAGUUCCAGUUUGUCGUCUUGUAGAUGUGUAUAGUUUGGAGCUGUAGAAGUCUUUCUCUUGCCUUACACGUUCCCUCAUACAAACCCUGUAAUACUUGAAGCUGUUUUAAUGCGUGAUCUGAUGUUCAAAUACUGACAUGCAUUUGCCUCGGUUUAGAAACUAAACAAAAAGAAGUUCUUCUAUUUAAAUGGUUUUUGUGCAUGUGCACUGAAGACUUUGGAUUGCAUUCACUUGUCAUUAGCGCUCUGUGAUGUUCCCUUCUACCCUACAGAAUUUUGAAGUGUAUAUUGUGGCAGAAAACUGAUGUGGUUCAGCAAAUAGUGUAACAUAAGUUUGAAUUCAUAAUGCGUGUGGUUUAUCUUCAGGAAGCACAUGGGAAAAUACCUUUUUUUUUUUGGUUUUUGCUUGUGUCAGGCAGGUUGUAAAUGUUUAUGUAAAAUCUGAAUCGCAUGUGUGUGAUGUGGUGUUGGGUGUGACUGUAAGCCAGUUUUGAGGACGCCUCAUGUUUUAUAUGAUGAUGAAGGAUGCUUUUUUCCUUUUGCAUACUCUGACAAGCAGCUAUUUUAAUGCAUACUCUGCUUUUGUGCCAUGACCACUCACUAAAGUGGGAAUCUAAGUCCAAAAUCCAUUUUUUAUUUGUUUCACAUUCUUGUUUAGACAUGCCUGCAGCAGCUUGUAUUCAUCUGUCUGACACAUUGCAUUGGAAGCUUUUGGUAUUUUUAAUCCAAAACAUUUCUUGUCAAACUCCACAAUGCUCCAGUGCAGCGAAAUGCUUUUAGUAUUACUUAUAGUUACUCUCACAACAUCAUUAAAAGCAAUGACUACCUAAAUUAGUUUUGCUAGUUUACAGUACAAAUGUCUUUAUAAUAAGAGUUAUAUUCUCAAACGAGACUUGUUACCAUCAAUGCUGAUGAGUGAAUAGAGCUGUAAUAUAAACCGUUAUAUAUCAAGCGCUGAAUACUAAUACUAACGAAUGUUCCUGUACCUGUCAGUAACGGGUAAAAUGUUUGUCUGCUGCUCUUUCAUUCUGACAGCUGGGUUUCAUUUAUAGUUGUAACAAUAGUAAACACUGCAAGUUUGAGUUGAUUCAGGUCAGUCUUGCAGAGCCAUGGUAUCCUUUAGGAGAGACAGAAACUUGUGUACUUGUGUGUUUGCUUGUUGUCAAAUAAGGAAAUCAUAUUGACUGUUUAUACGUCAGACAGGAAAUAAAUGGUUUGAAAGAAUAAAAAAA